UGUUUUAAAAGUAAUUUCAUAUAAAAAAAACCAACUAAUUGUAAAUAUUAGUUUUAAUUAACAAAUUAGUCAUUUAUGUUAUUUCUACCUAAUUCCAACACAUUUUUGUAGGUUUUAUGCGCUUAAUGGAAAAAUAGAAGCAAUGAGACCUAUUGGAGACUAAGAAAAAUUGUCAUUGGACCAAAAUUAUGAAGAGGCACAAUUGUCCUCUUGUUUAAAGUGAUAAGAAGAUUUUCUAUUGGUCAAAAAGAGUUGCAGCAGUGUUUUUAUUCUUAAUUAUAAAAGCUAAUUUAGCCAUGAAGGAUAUCAUCAUAGUGUAAGCACCGCCUUGUGCAAUUUGCUUAGCAUUAAAAGCCUAUAAAAGGCAUGUGAAGCCAUUCCUUGAAAAGGCAAUUGAUUCACUCUUAUAACAACACACAAAACUUCACGAGAGAGGGUGAAGGCAGAGGAGAUUGAGAGCUACCAAGAAGAGCAGAGGAAUUAUCUUUAUCAUCUUUCCAUCUUUUCUAGCUAUGUAUUGUAAGGUUAUUAUGUAUAACUAAUUCUCUCUUUUGUUGGGAUUAAGUGUAAAUUACUCUAUUAGUAUGUGUUUCUAUUAAUUAUGGUUUUAUAUAUGGUUUUAGUUAUCUCUCAAUAUUGAUGUUAUCUUUGUUUUCAUUGUUUUAAUCUUUGAUUUGAAUUGUUAUAGACAUAUACCUUUUGAAUCUAAGAACUAGGAUAAUAUCUAUCGAACUCUAAAUUCUAGGAAUAGAUUUAGGUUUAAUAUUCACUUAGAGUAUCGAAUCUUAAUGCUAUUGUAUUGAUUGACGACCCGAGACAUCGGAUGUUAAUAGAUGCAAUAGAUAUCUCGACGUUAUCUGGACACGGAAACGUUCGACGAGCGAUACGUGAUAAUAUUGAUAGAUGACUAGAACCUGUGUAACUGAUUAGGGGAAUAUGUAUGAAUGAGUGAUUGAAAUCUAAUCCCAGCAAUUUAAUCUCUCUGUUAAAUUAAUCAUCUUUACUACUUUCAUGUAUUCGCAACUUUCGUAAUCAACCAUCUUUGAAAUCCUUUACUUGAAAUUAUAUUAAUUGUUGAACGGCAUCGAUAUCGCAUCAGUCCCUGUGGAGACGAUAAAAACAUACUUACUUUUGUAUUUCAACAAAAUGGCGCCGUUGCCGGGGACUGGCGUUUAGAUAUUGGAGCAUUUCAACAAUUUAUAUUCUUUUAAGUAUUCGUGUAUAUUUGUUUAUAUUGUAUAGUUUUUCUUGUACUAAUCCUUCUUUGCUAGACAAAGAAAAUUGUUUUUCUUGUUUGUUAAAUCCUUUUUCAGAUUCCCCAUUAAAAGUUAAACCAUGACUGAUCGUGGUUAUUACAACUUCUAUACUCCGGGUGAGUAUGAAUCAUAUCAACAGUUUCCUCCUUAUAAUUAUGGACAAACUUCAGAGGCUAGAUUGGAGGAGACCAUGAUUAAAUUCAUGGAAAUGCAGCAGCAACAAAACCAACAGUGGCAAGACCAACACCAACAAUAUCUGAAAAACAGUCUUGCACGGGCCAAAAAUUUGGAAAAUCAGCUUGUUCAGUUGGCUAAACAGUUAGCCAAUAACAAUAACCAAGGAGGAACAUUUCAAACCAACACACAAACCACUCCUGACGAGAAAGAUAAUAUUCUAAAUGAGGAAAGAAUGUUCGAAGGAUGUGGUGUAAAGAAAAUAGUGAAAGAAAUAGAUACACCGCAUGAAGUUGAACUUCCUCAAGAAUUGCCAUGUACGGAGGAAGCUAACACUGUUGAUAAGGAACAAGUGAUGAUGGUUGCGGAGGAAAAUGAAGGAUUAUUUAGCAAGGAAGAAUCAUGUGAACAAAAGAGGGAGAUGGAGAACCAGGCGUUGAUUGAUCGGGUAAUAGACGAAAUUUGUGCCUUGUUCAACAAAAAAGAAUUGGGGAGGAUAUGGACUCCGCAACAUCUAUAUCUAAAGUUCAUGGAGUUCCUCCCAAACCGAAGGAAAAAGACGGAUGAUGUGUUGUCCGUUUCAUUUUGGCCACCCUAACAUCUCAGGCGUCGAGCUACCGACGUUAACCAAGCGCUUAUUGGGAGGCAACCCAAUUUUCUAUCUUUACUAUUUAAUUCCUGCAAUUUAUCAUUUUAGUAUAUUUAAGCAUGUUUUGAAAGGUUGCUAGUAAGCUAAAACUGAACCUCUGGUGUGAAAUUUUAAUUUUCCUGCUUUCCCUGUCAAAUUCGCUGAGCCACUUUUCCCUCGCUAAGCGAAUUCACUAGCUCUGUGUUUUCUGUUAAAAAAAAAGCACUGCACACGUUUUCAUUUUCAUUACUACAAGUUUCCACCAACCACUACCACUUCUGAGACUAUUCUCUCUCUGCAUUUUCUCACUACCACUAUCACUUCUAAACCCUAAAAUCAAAACUUUUUCUCUCUUGGUUCUUCUCUCUUACAAAUCAAAAUUUUGUGCAAAACUACAUUUCACUCACAUCCUCAGGUUUCAAUUGAGCAAAGGGCCUUUUGAUUUUAUUCCUUUCAGUUCUGUGCAUCUUAAAUUGAGAAGAAGGUACAAAUCUGUUCUUAAUUUUUCAUGAAUUUCAAGUAUAUAUGUAUAUGUUCUUCUUUACUUAUUAAGAAAACGCCACCUUUGUUAAAGUGUUGUUGGUAACUAGUAAAGGAAUGAUUGUUAUGGUUUAAAAAAAAAAAAAAAACUUUUGAAACAUUUUUUUCAGUCUAGUUACUUUUGAAUUGAAUUUGAUGAAUUGGGUUGAUUAGGAGCUGUUCUGGUUUUUCGCUGAACUAUCAUUGUUUAAGGUUGAAAUUAAUUUGAUUUGCUUAAACCCUUUUGAUUACUUUGUUAAUUUUUUGAAAAGGGGAUUGAAAUCUACUCUUUAGGGUUUUCUAUUUUAGGAUGUGAGGGCGAGAGGUCAGAGAUAAUGGAAGAAAUUUUGUGUGGAUUAAUAGAUUGAAGAACAAAGUCCCUUAAGUUUAAGCUGCAAAAAGUUUUUUUUGGGACUUAACAUUUUUUGCAGGACAAUUUGUGAGUUUAAAGUUGAGUAUGGAGGAAACAUUGGUAAUAACAAAUUCAAUGAAAAACCUGAUGGACUUGGUGAUCACCUUAAUUAGAAACUUGAUUGUUGUGUGUCUUUGUUUGCCCUUUUGAACUAUGUGCUUAUUAUUUUUUCAAAAAGACAUCAAUUGAUCAAGUUAAGCACUUGUUUCUCUCCCAUUUGCUUAUUGAUUUUCAUAACAUGUAUCUCACUUUGUCACAUGAAUUUUGACUUUUAAAUUGCUUACUUUGAGUAGUUAGAAUUGUGACUUGAUAUUGACAUGUUGAUUGUUGGCUAGAACCUUAUGGAGUCUAAAGUUGAUUAUUGACAAAACAUUAGCAUUGUUUGCUGGUGGUUCAAGCCUUUGAAGGAGUGAAUGAGCCUUGUUUUUUUUAACCUUGUUAUUUGAUAGGCUGAUUUUUCAUGUUUGGUAUCUGGCCUUAGCUCUGGUGUGUUGGUUUACUAGACUAUCAUUUUGCAUUUUAUGUCUGGUAUGCCGGUGUCUCAUAUUUGUGAAGGAGUGAUAUAGCAUUUGAUUAAGAGAGUGGUUUGUCUCUGGUUGGGAUAAAUCUGAUUGUGAUGUAAGAUGGAUAGCUUGCUCGUAUGUUUUGUAACUUCAGGGAUGAUCAGAUAUAUGGCACCAAGGAGGAAUGUAUUGCACAAAUGGCAUGGCCUGUGAAAAGGCCAUUUUACCCGGAGGAGGUGAGACAACAUGAUGUUGGUAGCAGUGGAGCUGUUGGAAAUGGAGACCAGGAGACGGGACAACGAAGUGAAGAAGAGCCAGACAACUGACAAGAGAAAGAUAGACCGAGAAAGCUCUCCAAAACUCUGUGAAGUUUAUUUUAAAUAGCUUUCGGUUAAAUUUAUGCUUUAUCUUAAUUUAUAUUUCUCUUGUGGUCUGAACAACAUGUUGAUGGUUGAUUGAAAAAAUGGUUCAAAAUUUUGAUUUUUGAAUAUCAUGUGCAUAUGGAUUGAAAAGUUUAGGUUUGUGAUUAAUCAAAUUCAAAUGCAUGAUUAGAAUAAUUUUUUCAACUUGCAUUGUUUGAGGUCAAAAUUUUGUGAUUAUCUUUGAAUGAUAGGAUGAAUUUGAACCAAGUAGCUUUAUUCAAUUUGAUUUCAUUCAUUCCUUCUUAACUUGAUUAAUUGAUUAUGAAUCACGUAGACCUAGCCGGGUGAGAUUGUGUGAACUUUCCAUUGUUUAUAUAUUUGAGAGCCGACAAUUGUGUUUAACUCUGUUGAUUUUAACUGAAUCUUGCUAUUACUUGAUGUGUUUGAAGUCAUGGAUAUGAUCAAGGCCUUGUUUCUUUUUGAGUGGUAACUACUUAAGCCAAAAUAACCUACCUUGUGAGUUAGUGUGAUCCUUUGCUACCCCCUUAAGCCAAAAAAAUUUGAAAAUUUGUUUGUUUUGAACUCUUGAACCACAAUAAAGAAAAACAAUGAAUUGACCCUUGUCUUAGGAUGAUUGAGCAUUGAGUUUAAGUAGGGUUGAAAACAAGUUGGGGAGAAAGAGGUUAUUUGUUUGAAAAAAAAAAAAAAAAGUAGUUGAAAAAUAUGAGUUGUUGAAGAUGGUGAUUGAAAAAGAAAAACAUUGUAAGUCAUUUGACACACAAAUGAAAAUCAAAGAAAAUGUGUUUCAAAAGAAAAGGAAAUGAAUAGAAAUUGUGUCAAAAGAAUCACCAAAAGUAAAGAAUGGGGAAAGUGAAAGAGGAUGAAUAACUUAUGUAAUGUUAUGAAGAUACUCAAAGUUUAUGCUCUCUUAUCCUUAAGGCAUUUUGAAUCCAAAGAAAAACAAUGAUUUCUUGUAGCCUAGCCCCAUUACAAGCUUAAGAAAGACCUUAGUGAUCCAUGAUUGAUAAUAUGUCUUGUGAUUUUGUUGAGAUGUAUGUUUGAAUUGAUUUGUUGUGAACACAUUGCUUGGAUUGAGAGAAACACUACACCCUUGAGUUGAAACACUUGUGAGAAUUGUGAUUCUAGUUGAUUGUCUUGUUGAUUUGGAAAGUUUGAAAUCUUACUUGAAUCUUGAAACUAUUUCACAUUCAUGCUUUGAUUUUUUGAUGAUUAUGAAGGUUUGAUUUUGAACUUGCAAUACAUUGAAUCAAGCAAACUUGAAAUGAUUGAAAUCCAAAGUUUUUGAUUGAUCAUAAAUCUUGAUUGAAUCAUGCACGGAUGAGGUUUGAACCAUAUUUUGAGAGUUUAUUUUGGACUUUUGUUUGAGGACAAACAAAGUUCUAAGUUGGGGAGAGUUGAUAAGUGCCAAAAAGUGGUAAUUUUACAUAUAUAUUUUGGGCACUUAUUGACUUGUUUUAAAAGUAAUUUCAUAUAAAAAAACCAACUAAUUGUAAAUAUUAGUUUUAAUUAACAAAUUAGUCAUUUAUGUUAUUUCUACCUAAUUCCAACACAUUUUUGUAGGUUUUAUGAGCUUAAUGGAAAAAUAGAAGCAAUGAGACCUAUUGGAGACUAAGAAAAAUUGUCAUUGGACCAAAAUUAUGAAGAGGCACAAUUGUCCUCUUGUUUAAAGUGAUAAGAAGAUUUUCUAUUGGUCAAAAAGAGUUGCAGCAGUGUUUUUAUUCUUAAUUAUAAAAGCUAAUUUAGCCAUGAAGGAUAUCAUCAUAGUGUAAGCACCGCCUUGUGCAAUUUGCUUAGCAUUAAAAGCCUAUAAAAGGCAUGUGAAGCCAUUCCUUGAAAAGGCAAUUGAUUCACUCUUAUAACAACACACAAAACUUCACGAGAGAGGGUGAAGGCAGAGGAGAUUGAGAGCUACCAAGAAGAGCAGAGGAAUUAUCUUUAUCAUCUUUCCAUCUUUUCUAGCUAUGUAUUGUAAGGUUAUUAUGUAUAACUAAUUCUCUCUUUUGUUGGGAUUAGGUGUAAAUUACUCUAUUAGUAUGUGUUUCUAUUAAUCAUGGUUUUAUAUAUGGUUUUAGUUAUCUCUCAAUAUUGAUGUUAUCUUUGUUUUCAUUGUUUUAAUCUUUGAUUUGAAUUGUUAUAGACAUAUACCUUUUGAAUCUAAGAACUAGGAUAAUAUCUAUCGAACUCUAAAUUCUAGGAAUAGAUUUAGGUUUAAUAUUCACUUAGAGUAUCGAAUCUUAAUGCUAUUGUAUUGAUUGACGACCCGAGACAUCGGAUGUUAAUAGAUGCAAUAGAUAUCUCGACGUUAUCUGGACACGGAAACGUUCGACGAGCGAUACGUGAUAAUAUUGAUAGAUGACUAGAACCUGUGUAACUGAUUAGGGGAAUAUGUAUGAAUGAGUGAUUGAAAUCUAAUCCCAGCAAUUUAAUCUCUCUGU